CAACCACGCCCGCCUCACCUGCGCAUCACGUGUCCCCCGGCGCUCUUAGCGCACCUGAGGGCGGAUCCCUGACGUCUUCGACGUGAAAGGACCAGUGCACACGGGCCAGUUUAGCAGCAGCGGUGGCAGACAGGGAUGCGAGUGUUCCCACUGGCGAGUUCAGUUUGCCGGGAGAUUGGCGCGUCGGCAGAGGUCGAAGUGGACGCCCACAGCCCAAGCGGAACAAACUUCAGCUGAUAGCGUUCCUGCGCGUCAGAUUCUAGGACCUUGAACUUCAGAGAGAGCUGAGUGGCAGAAGGGAUGAAGUAACCUGUAUCUAAAAACUGCAGGAUAUUUUCCAGUAAAGAACAUGGUGAAACUAAUUCACACAUUAGCAGAUCAUGAUGAUGAUGUCAACUGCUGUGCCUUCUCCUCUUCCCUCUUGGCUACUUGCUCCUUGGACAAAACAAUUCGCCUGUAUUCCCUGAGUGACUUUACUGAAGUACCAUACUCUCCAUUGAAGUUUCACACCUAUGCUGUCCACUGCUGCUGUUUCUCCCCUUCAGGACAUAUUUUGGCUUCAUGUUCAACAGAUGGUACCACUGUCCUAUGGGAUGCUCAAAACGGACAGAUUUUGGCAGUGAUGGAACAGCCCAGUGGUAGCCCUGUGAGAGUUUGCCGAUUUUCCCCAGACUCCACUUGUUUGGUAUCAGGGGCAUCUGAUGGAACUGUUGUUUUGUGGAAUACGCAGUCAUACAAGUUACAUAGAUGUGCUAGUGUUAAGGAUGGCUCCUUAGUGGCCUGUGCAUUUUCUCCUCCUGGAAACCUCUUUGUCACUGGCUCUUCAUGUGGUGAUUUAACAGUGUGGGAUGAUAAAAUGAGGUGUCUGCACAAUGAAAAAGCACAUGAUCUUGGAAUUACCUGCUGUGACUUUUCUUCACAACCAGUUCCUGGUGGAGAAGAAGGUCUUCAGUUCUUUCAGUUGGCAUCGUGUGGUCAAGAUUGCCAGAUCAAAAUUUGGGUUAUUUCUUUCAUCCAUAUCUUAGGUUUUGAAUUAAAAUAUAAAAGUACACUGACUGGACACUGUGCUCCUGUUCUGGCUUGUGCUUUUUCUCAUGAUGGGCAGAUGGUAGUUUCAGGAUCAGUGGAUAAGUCAGUUAUAGUGUAUGAUACUAAUACUGAGAAUAUACUUCACACCCUGACUCAGCACACCAGGUAUGUCACAACUUGUGCCUUUGCACCCAAUAUCCUUUUACUUGCUACUGGUUCAAUGGACAAAACAGUGAAGAUCUGGCAAUUUGAGAAGGAAACACUUUGCCAAGCAAAGAUCCCAGAUCAACCAAAGCAAUUUACUGAAAAUUGGUCAGAGGAUGAUGUCUCAAACUGGCUUUGUGCUGAAGGUUUAGAAGACCUCGUUGAUAUUUUCAAAAUGAAUAACAUUGAUGGAAGAGAAUUACUGAAUCUUACAAAAGAAAGUCUAGCUGAUGAUUUGAAAAUAGAAUCACUAGGGCUGCGUAGUAAAGUUCUAAGGAAAAUUGAAGAACUGAGGACAAAGGUGAAGACCCUUUCUUCUGAAAUUCCUGAUGAAUUUAUAUGUCCAAUAACUAGGGAGCUUAUGAAAGAUCCUGUCAUCGCAUCAGAUGGCUACUCAUAUGAAAAGGAAGCAAUGGAAAAUUGGAUCAGCAAAAAGAAACGUACCAGUCCCAUGACAAAUCUUGUUCUUUCUUCAAUGAUACUUACACCAAACAGGACUCUGAAAAUGGCCAUCAAUCGAUGGCUAAGCGAGACCCAUCAAAAAUAAAACUCUAUAUUGUGUUGUUUAUGUUUUCUGUGAUCUUAGUUGAGUGAUUUA